GGCAGUUUGCCACAAGCCCAUCAUAACUACCCUGAAUCCCUGCUGUCAUUCACUCUGGAUGCGGUCAGACGUGAUAUCAGAAUGAGGAACAAUCCCUUCCUUUUUUGGCUUUUAUUGUUCGCGGAUGGUGUGUUUGGUACUGAUGUAGCGAAGUCAGUGUCAGUGAUGGUGGGAGAUUCUGUCACUCUACACACUGAUGAUACUGAAACACAGGGAGCACUAGAACUGGUGUGGAAGAUUCAAGGCGAAAAUAAAUUCAUAGCAGAGAUUGAUAAAGAAAUGAAUACAACCACAGUACCUGGGAAUGAGGAAGAACGAUUCCGAGGCAGACUGAAGCUGGAUGGUCAGACUGGAGCUCUGACCAUCACAAACCUCAAAACCACAGACUCUAGAGUUUAUGAACUACAGAUCAAGAACAACAAAGAGACCAAAUCCAAGAUAUUCAAUGUUGCUGUCAGUGAUGAAAUGAAGACAGUAUCAGUGAAGGAGGGAGAACCUGUCUCUCUUCACACUGGUCUUAUCGAAAUAAAGGGAUAUGAUCUGAUAUUGUGGACAUUUGAAAACCAUCUCAUAGCUAGAAUAAACAGAACUACCAAUCAGUUUUCAUUAUUCAGUGCUGAAGGGAAAUUUGAAGGCAGACUACAGCGAGAGCAUCAAACUGGAUCUCUCAUCAUCCGCGACUCCAGAAGCACAGACUCUGGAGUUUAUCAUCUAAACAUGAGCAGCAGCACAUACACCUUACAGAGGACCAUCAGUGUUACGGUCAAGAUUGUCGUUACAGAUUCAGGACUGUCUCCAGGUGUUAUAGCAGGAAUAUGUGCUGCUGUUGCUGUUGCUGUUGCUGUUGUGCUGGUGAUUCUGAUUGUUCGUUGCUGCUACAAUAAAAGGAAGGAACACUAUGACCCCGCAGGUCAAGGGAAUGGAACACAAACAUAAGGAGAAGCCUAAUACUUACAAGUAUAUAACCACUUUAAUAAUAUCAACUGUUUGGAAUAAGCUCUGUGUAAGGAUGAGCUGUGUAAUUGUAUAAAAAAGAAAGAAAGAAAAAAAUUGUUUAGUUUAAUGGUUUAGUUUACUUUACAGCUGAUGGAACAGUUUGCAUUGCACAUGAUCCAUGUAUUCUUAAUCUGAAUUUAAAUGGUACAGUUCUUAAACAUAUUUGUCUGGUCCAAUGUAAGGUGAUGUUCUACACACUCUGUAAGAUAUAUUUUCCUUACACUUUUGCUUUUUAUACAUUACCCUGUGAAGGCCAAACAUAAGUGGCAUUUCCAAAUGUGAAAUUCAGGUGAAACAUUCAGACAUGCCUGCUAUAAAUGAAAUGCAAGUGAAAGCACAUUGAGGCUACCUGUCAACAUUGUCUGAGUUUCUUUGCAGUAGAGUUGAUCUGAUUGUUUAAAAGUUUGUUUGGAGCAUUCACAAUAAUAUGAAAAUCAAUGCGAACCACUCUCAGACCCCUGAAACUUGAUGUCUGCCCUCUAGUGGACUAAUGUGGACUACAGAUAGGAUUCUUUGUUCAGUUGGGAAAAUUUAAUAAUUGUUGCAGCCAGUUUAUAUGAAUAAGCAUGUACUUGAAUGCAUGUAAUAAAAAUGCACAAUAAAAUUGCUUUAAUAUUCUAAUUGACUUCUGGAAUUUUGCUUUUUUUUUGGUACAGAG